ACCCAUGUGGUAAUUUAUCGUAAAAUUAUUGCAUAAGCUGUAACUACACAACUGUAAUUUAUUCAUUAUUUCAGAAGGAGACUGUACAGAGAAUGGCCGUAUAAUCGAGUCUUUUUCUCUUAUACCAGGGCCUGAGACAAUAAAUAACCUCUCUGUCAGAAAUAACUCAACAAAUUCUUUAUUCCUGACAUGGACUGCUCCUUCUGGACUGCACAGUUACUACAUUGUUUACACAGUUAACAUCAGUGGAAAUUCAUCGACUAAUAUGACUGUAAUGACAGACUUUGCAACCAUAAAAGGACUGAUUCCCGGUGGAUCCUACAAUGUUAGCAUUUCAGCAGUUUCAUGGGACAACACAACUGUAGGGGGCAAUGUAGUAAUCAGUAGUUCUACAAGGCCUGAGACAAUAAAUAACCUCUCUGUCAGAAAUAACUCAACAAAUUCUUUAUUCCUGACAUGGACUGCUCCUUCUGGACUGCACAGUUACUACAUUGUUUACACAGUUAACAUCAGUGGAAAUUCAUCGACUAAUAUGACUGUAAUGACAGACUUUGCAACCAUAAAAGGACUGAUUCCCGGUGGAUCCUACAAUGUUAGCAUUUCAGCAGUUUCAUGGGACAACACAACUGUAGGGGGCAAUGUAGUAAUCAGUAGUUCUACAAGGCCUGAGACAAUAAAUAACCUCUCUGUCAGAAAUAACUCAACAAAUUCUUUAUUCCUGACAUGGACUGCUCCUUCUGGACUGCACAGUUACUACAUUGUUUACACAGUUAACAUCAGUGGAAAUUCAUCGACUAAUAUGACUGUAAUGACAGACUUUGCAACCAUAAAAGGACUGAUUCCCGGUGGAUCCUACAAUGUUAGCAUUUCAGCAGUUUCAUGGGACAACACAACUGUAGGGGGCAAUGUAGUAAUCAGUAGUUCUACAAGGCCUGAGACAAUAAAUAACCUCUCUGUCAGAAAUAACUCAACAAAUUCUUUAUUCCUGACAUGGACUGCUCCUUCUGGACUGCACAGUUACUACAUUGUUUACACAGUUAACAUCAGUGGAAAUUCAUCGACUAAUAUGACUGUAAUGACAGACUUUGCAACCAUAAAAGGACUGAUUCCCGGUGGAUCCUACAAUGUUAGCAUUUCAGCAGUUUCAUGGGACAACACAACUGUAGGGGACAAUGUAGUAAUCAGUAGUUCUACAAGUAAGUUUGUUUGAUUUGCCGAGUCUGGUUUUCCCUUCAUUGUUUGAGGUAGAAGCAUUUGUCCAGUUCUUGCAGAAUGACUCCCUUAAUACAGUGACAUGAGAUUAAUGUGUUUUUACUCAUGCAUGACAUGUCAUAUUUCUUUGUUAGUAUCAUGUUCCUUUCCAGUACUUCUGUCCAGUAAUGUACAUGUUGUGUCAUUUCUUUCCUAUUACUUUAAGAAGUAAUUUCUUAAGUUAACAUUUAGUUCUUCAUGAGGUUUGUAACAACAACUUACUUAAAGUGGUACUAAUUCUGACUUCUGUGUGCUACAUUUUGGAUUAUCAGUAUGAAUAACACUCAGCAUUCAAGAUAGAUGUACUUUUUACUUAAACAUAAAGCAGUGCUCUUUCCUGAUUUCAUACUAUCCAGAAUCCCUUCCGCAUAUGUAACACACUUCCGAUUAAAGUGAUUGUAUCUCCCUUUUGCACUACAUAAUAAGUGAUCUUAGGUCAACAUUUAACUUAAACAUUUAGGGAAAAUGGGCUAGCCCCUUUGUGAAAAAAAUACUUUUUAGUAAUACUGUUCCUGUAUAGUAAGUGCACUUUGCUUAAUGUUUAUUUUAUAUGUUUAAUUAAUAUGGU